AUGAAAGUUGAAAGAGUUGUUUUUUAAUUUAGAAUAAUAAUUGUGAAUAUUUGUUAUAAUUUUUAUUAUUAAAUUUCAAAUUUGAAAUAUGACUGGUAAAAUUAUUAAAGACAUCUAAUAGAUUAAUUAGAAGAAAGAGCCUAAAGAAUUUUUGGAAAAUUAUAGUCUCUUUAAAAUAAUGUAGAAGGAGAGAAAUAAUCAAAAUUCAAAUUGAUUCUUGGUUAUUUGUAAAGUGUUGAAUUGGCUAUAGAAGAUGUUUAAUAGUAAAAGAAUUAAAAGUUUUUGGAUAUUGCAGAAAAAGUAUAACUAAUUUUAUAAAAAGUAAAGUUAUAAAGACUGAAAUCUAUUGUUGAUAGUGAAAAAGAAGCUAGAGAUUAAUUGGAUGAUAAGAUGAGAAAAGAAAUUCUUUAAGUUGAAAAGAAUUCCAAAAACCUUUUAAAUAGUUUUAGCAAAGAAAGAUUGGAAACAGAAAAUAGAGUAUUUAAAAAUCUAUCUCAAUAAAUUGAUUAAUUAUCAAUAGAAAUAUAGAAAGAAUAUCAUUAAAAAUCAGAAACUUAAAAUAGAUUAUUAGAGAUUUAAAAUGGUAAUUUUUUUAUAACUAAUGUAAAAAGAAUAAAUACCCUUAUUUUAUUAAGAUAUAGAGUAAGAAAUUAGAAUAAGAGAAGAAAUUGAAGAUAAAAUUGCAUAAUAAUUUAAUGAAUAAUUAAAUGAACUCAAAAGAAUAUUUGAUGUUUAAUAAAAAUAAAGAGAAUAAAGAGAGGAAGAAAUAAUAGCAAUUCUCAAAAAAAUAUAUUAAAAUGCCUAUGAUGUUUGUAAAAGAAAUAGAACUGAAAGAGAAAGAAAUGAAGAUUUAUUUGUUAAAUUAGUUGAAUAAGUAGUUGAAAAAAUUAAAAGAGAGAUAAUUGAUUCUGAUUUUUGA